GACAAUUUAACUUGUGAUUUGACGUAUAUGUCUUAUGUCUAUUGAAUAGUACCUAUUUAUUAAUUGAAUUCGCCCUUUAUUUUACCAAUUUAAAUAGUUUUGCACACAAAAUUUACGAAUAUUACUAUCUAAAGACUAUAACUGCCUACUUCAACAAAAUCGAGUAAUGGCAUCUGUUCACAAAAUAAUUGUCAUUGUUGGAUUUAUAUCGCUGUUUCAUUCAGCGUUCUCAGCAGCACAACAUCGUUCAUACCUUCGGAUAUCAUCACAAGAAUUCACAACAUUACCCCUCGAUAUAAUAAUCCAGGCAGUAGCAAGUUUAUUUGCAGUGAUGUGGGGAAUUCUUAAUGUGUCUGGCAAACUUCGUGAAAUCCCAGCUGCAGCAGAGCUGAAUACUGUUAAAUGGGAAACUCAACGUAAUCUUCCAUCAUUCUAUAUCUUUAAUCACAGAGGAAGAGCAUUAGCCUAUAAUUUUGUUCCAACACCGAGUAAAGGGGACUUAGAAAACUUAGAAUGAUAAUAGUAUAAUUAAGAUAAUAUUGUUUUAAAAAUAUAUUUAUUUAGAGGAUGAGGAAA